UCGCUCAAAUCUACCCGUCAGCUGCUGCCUGAGCGUGUCCCGCUGACACCUUAAAGUCAGCUACGCAGAGAUAAAAGAUGAGCGCAGAGGAGGUGCCGACAUCGGACGAGCUGGAAUGUAAAAUAUGCUACCAAAAGUUCACCGCUCACAGCCGCAAACCCAAGAUCCUAAACUGCCUUCACCGUGUCUGUGCCAGAUGCCUAUCCAAAAUCCUUCUCAUAGGCGGAGGGGCGCCGUGCAUCAGCUGCCCGUUCUGCCGCAACGAGACCGAACUUCAGGAAGAAGAGGUGGCGGGUCUCCCGGACGACACCAAUAUCUUGUCUAAGCUCGCUGAGCGCACCAUCUGCAAUUCAGACAGCAAUGAGGUGGUCCUAACCCCCAAAAACCUUGCGUCCUCUAGCCCUUCCCAUGGAUCUUCGAACUGCCUAGUGAUCACCAUCAUGGAGGUACAAAGAGACUCCACGCGGACACCCAGUCAAAACACGAUCUCGGACUACUACGCGGAGCACAGCAUGGACUCGGCUUCAGUGAGUUCUCAAGGCCAAAUGGACCACGACCUUUUUUCCAAAUUGUGCAAGCAUGUCCCCAGGAUACUGGUCUGGCUGCUGGGCUUCUUUUACUUUGGCUCUUUGCCCCUUGGGAUAUAUUUGCUCGUGAUUCAGAAAGUGACACUUGGAAUUGUCUGCGUCAGCCUGGUACCCUCCAGCCUGACCGUGUGCCUGGUCUACGGCUUCUGCCAGUGCCUUUGCCAAGGCAUAUGCGACUGCUCAACCAGGAGUUGACGAAUGGUGACACAGCAAUGUGUUAUGUCGGCCAUUAGAACUAGACACUUGGGAGGAAUGGAUGGGUAGCACUGGAACCCUAGAAUUUUCCGAUUGGUGUUACUAUCCAGUAGUGUUGAGGUGGUGUUUGAACGGGGUGUCUGGAUUCUGUGGGUGCUUCUACACACCAGAGGAUCGCCACAGUUUCCUUAGUCUGUGAUGCAACUCAAUAGAUCUGAGAUUUGAAGUGCCACACCACAGGUUAAUAAUGGUCCAGCAAUAAAAUGUAUUCCAAUGCAAGGUCAAGUAGAAGACUAGAGUAAAGAUUCAAUGCACUUCAGGAGCCAGAACUCACCCUCUCCAUCAUGGCUAGCCACACCACCCAUUAUUGGUCCAAAAGUAAAUUUAUUCAAAUGUAAGAUCAAGUAGACUAUAGGAAUGAGCACAUUUUGUGGUCCAGAGCCCAGCCACUUCUCAUCAGGGCUAGCCGCACCGCCGAUUAUUGGUCCAGAUAUAAAUAUAUUUCAACAUAAGCUCAAGUAGAAGACUAUAAUAACUAGGGUUGUCCCGAUACCACUUUUUUAGGACCGAGUACAAGUA